UAUUGAAGAGAGAAAAUGCCUGAACCCGCCAAGUCGGCGCCCAAGAAGGGCUCCAAGAAAGCCGUGACCAAGACCGCCGGCAAGGGCGGCAAGAAGAAGAGAAAGACCAGGAAGGAGAGCUACGCCAUCUACGUGUACAAGGUGCUGAAGCAGGUCCACCCCGACACCGGGAUCUCCUCAAAGGCCAUGAGCAUCAUGAACUCGUUUGUCAACGACAUCUUCGAGCGCAUCGCAGCCGAGGCAUCUCGCCUGGCCCAUUACAACAAGCGCUCCACCAUCACUUCCAGGGAGAUCCAGACCGCAGUGCGCCUCCUACUCCCCGGUGAGCUGGCCAAGCACGCAGUGUCUGAGGGCACCAAGGCUGUGACAAAGUACACGAGCUCCAAGUAAACUGGCAUCAGACGCCAACACAACGGCUCUUUUCAGAGCCACA